AUGACAGACACCACGCGCUGGAAAGCCACCGUCCACAUUCGCGGUCUUGCACCCGCCGUGACGACAGCCACCAUUCACGACGCCUUCAUUCCCUUUGGCGAGAUCGCCGAUAUCUCGCUGCCCAAGAAUGAGAAGCCCGACUCAACGGAUCCGCACAGGGGCUUCGCCUAUGUCGAGUACGAGGAUGAAGAAGACGCUAAAGAGGCCAUUGACAACAUGGACCAGUCCGAGCUGUUUGGCAGAGUAAUCAGGGUCUCGGCGGCAAAGAUCCCCAAGAGCGCGAAAGAAGGGUUGGGAUCCAAGACUGCCGUUUGGGAGCAAGAAGGAUGGCUGGCUGAGAAUGCCGUCAGUGAGGAGGAUCGUUUGGCUGCUACUGCGCCUGAUGACCCUAUGCAGGGCCUCGAGGGACUAGAUGUGGCUGGACCGAAACCGCAAUAG